UGUUAGGCGCCCGAACACAAAGGAGUAGCCACAGUCGUCGUCGUCUUCUGUCUUCAACGCGCAUCCCCGUCGUCCCGUCGUCUGCGUCGUACAGCCCACGAGUACCCCGAGUCCUGCGUUCAUACUAUCAGUAUACAACACUCCACGAUGAUGGAUCCCCGGUGCGAAACUGCACGCCCUCUUCACGCCACUAUGUUACCGGACGCCACCCAGAACAUGGGCGUCCCGUAUUCCGACGCGAUUCUGGGCGAGAACGUCGAAGAGGCGCAUACCUUCAACCAUUCUCAUGACCUACGCCUAUGUUCCCUUGACCCACCAUCUCGCGAAGGCCUGGUUUCGCAUCCGCCAGGCCUACCUGCACGUCCCCCCGGCCUACCCGCUCGUUCGCCAGGCGUACCACUGCGCCCCCCUGGCUUACCCUCUCCUCGUGCAGCCCGACCUGCUUACCUUUCGGGCCUGCCGACACGUCCCCGAGGCAUACCGACUCGGCCACCAGGCCUGCCUGCACCUGCUCGACCCCCGGGCUUGCCUGCGCCUGCUCGACCGCCGGGCCUACCCUCCCCUCGACGAGGCUUCCCUGCCUACCCUUUCGGCAUAUCUUGGCCCCAUGCGGAGGCACACCGCAUUGUGAAUCAACCCUCUAGGACCUCAGAUGCGAGCUCCUGGAGUCCAGAAGCAUUUACGACAGCCGAGAGCCACGAUGCCGACAAGGAAAAUGUUCCUCCUCCUGUCGGUGGGCAGUACACGUUUGGAAGAACGAACGCGGCCCGACACCUACCUGCCCAACCGGCUUUCCAGUCCGGCGCGAUCUUGAAUCCGGUGUGGACCCACACAGCCCGCGUUGGAUUGGGCGAUGCAGCCCGCCCCGACACCCGCCCUCUCGAGCCGGUCGGGCAAUAUCCCGCCGAAGACCCAGCGUGGGCGGGAGGCCUGACAAGAUCGGGACGUCCCAUGGCUCCGCGUAGCGCCCAGCCCAUGUCAUCGCACUACGACGCCGCCAUCGGCACCUACCAACAUUCCCACCUCGAGGCUAUGACGUGGACCGACGGCUUCCUUACGAGACAUUGGAUACGGGAGGAGGCAUUCAGAAUACAGGAAGAGCGAUGGGUGGCGGCCGAGAACGCCAGGGUCCCGCCCCCCAUGGAGCCCGUGCUACUCAAAGAGCACUGGCCCUGUGCUACGGCGGGGUUGCUGCUCUUGCCUGCGGAGCACGACGAUUCCGGAAGCGACUCCGGCUACUCGUCUUCCGGCGACCUGUCUGCCCUCGACGACAUCAUGCCAGGGCUGGCUGGAUUGGGCGAGCUGGUUGGUUUGGACGAUGAUGCUUCGAAGGCGUUGUCCAACGACGGCUAUGUAGCAUGCGGGGAGAUCGUCGAGGAGUAGAAGGGGAGGAUCGAUUCCGAUGCGACGUCGCGAAGAUCUGACAAGGCGCUGCAUCAGCAGUUCGUUCGUGUCGGAUACAAAGUUCUGGUUUGCGUCUUUGUUACCUGUAUAGUAUCUGAAGUGGUGUAUCUAUCAGCAACGCUGUUCUCUGUCCCUCGAUGUUCUAGGAGUACGAUUUAUUGGAUACGGCAUCAUC